UUUUAUUGCCUGCUGUGUACCGUCUGAUUCUUUUUUUUAAUCUCCAUUUUAGACGGUACUGACGCAUCAAUAGGCUUCAUGACUGGGACAAUGUGCCGGGGUAUGGUCAGUUCCUGAUGGCCCGUGUCUUUCAAUACCAGUUUUCCCAUCAUUGAAUCUGUGUGUGACCUGGGAGAUGGAGAGGCAGAGCCCAGGGGAGAAGCAGGCAGAUACUAAUAGGGCUGUGGCCACCACCACCCCCACCACAUCAGCUGCCGUCACCAUGGCAACAGUCAGCUCCAGCAGCACCACGUGCACCCAGGCGCCCACCGCUUCCCUCGGCAUUAUCCCGUCAGACAGACAGGCAGUCCAGGUGAUCCAACACGCUAUCCACAGACCUCAGAGCAUGGCGGCCCAGUACCUACAUCAGAUGUACGCAGCCCAGCAGCAGCACCUCAUGCUGCAGACAGCAGCCCUGCAGCAGCACCAGCACCAGCACACCCCCCAUCUGCAGAGUCUGGCCACCAUACAGCAGGCUUCAGUCUGUCAGAGGCAGUCUCCUUCUUCAUCUACUGGCAGUUUGGUUCAACCUGCUGGUGUUUCCCAAAACUCGAUCACUUUACCAGCAUCUCCAGUGACAGCCCAGCUGAUUGGCCGCACCCAAACAUCCAACUCCACUGCUGCUGCAACCACAAUAUCCCAGCAGGCCAUGCUUCUGGGAAACCGACCAGCCAACUGUAACCAAGCUCAAAUGUACCUUCGAACUCAGAUGCUUAUUCUAACUCCUGCAGCACCAGUGGCUGCAGUUCAGUCAGACCUCCCUGCUGUCACCUCCUGCUCCUCUUUACCUACCUCCUCUCAGGUGCAGAAUCUGGCUCUGCACGCCCACUUGCCUGGAGCUCUGGCUACAGCCCACAGUGUCAUCUUAAAGCCAUCCACCCAGUCCCAAGCCCUGUCUCCAGCCGCCUCUUUGUCCAAGAUGUCAAUAUGUGCUCUGAAGACCAACCAGCUGACUGACACCUCAACUGAAACAGGUCAGCCUGGAGCCCAGAUUAUAACCCCAGCCUACUCUCCAGUGCAGGCCCACGCUCUGGUCAAGCAGCAGCUGUCCUGUCCAUCAGGCCAGCGGGUGGCACACCACCAGCUCAUCCUCCAGCAGGCCACAGCAGGCGCUCUCAACCACAGGCAGCUUCAGCCCAUCGCCCUCAGAGUGGCACCCCAAGAAACCAACUCCAACAACCCUCUUCCACUUUCAGUUAAAACACUGACCACUCCCAGCACCAUGUCACAAACCAACGGUGACCCCCAAGCCCCCUCUUCUUCAUCUUCUUCUACUUCCUCUUCUACUUUUUCUUCUUCUUCUCGAUCUGUCACAAACGUGUUUGCAUCAUCAGCUCAUGCCUCAAUCCCAGCUGCCACCGUUCAGCCUCAGCCUCCUCCUCUGGUGGCCGCUCCGCAGCGCCGGACCUCAUUCCCACAAAUGCAGAAUCAGCCUCCGCCUCCUCCUCCACCUCUGGUUCUCCCCAGGCUGCCCCAGAACCCCCCAGCUUCCCUCCAGAGGCUGUCUGUGCACUCGGUCCAGGCUUUGGCGGUCCAGUCAGGGCAGGUGCUGCUGACAGAGCGGGAGCUGCCUGUAGCUGAGGCUCUGGUCCAUAUGCCUUACCAGAACCUGCCUCCUCCUCAGACGGUGGCUGUUGAUCUGAAAGUGCAUACGGUCAGACGCAAUGAAACUCCAUCGUCGGGGCAAACGUGCAAAGCGAAUGGACUGAGUUCAGACGAGAGGAAAGAUGAAUGUUCUACAAGUCGACAGAGAGACAGGACCCCUACAGCUCUCAUUGCGUCUCCUAAGCAGAAUGGUGCAGCAGUGAUGGGUUCAUCCCCCGUCAUGUCCAGUCACUCAGUGAUCAGGUCACCACAGUUAGAGGAGCCCUCCCAGCACGGCAGCAACCUUCCCCCUCCACCUCCUCCUCUACCUCCUCCCAUCCUUCCCACCACAGUCAGAGGCCCCAGCCAGCCUCCCUCUGCCCCUACCAGUGUCCCAGGAAGCCCCGACAGGAUACUUACAACCCACGUCCUCACACACCUCAUAGAGGGCUUCGUCAUUAGAGAGGGCCUGGAGCCGUUCCCGGUGGGUCCUUCCUCACUCUUAGCGGACCAGCAAGCUUCACUUCCAGAGUCCCAGGAGAUCCACAGCAACGGGGAUGCAGCAGCAGAGGACAGUCCUCUGGAUGCUGACCAGUCAGAUUCAACAGACUCUGAAAUGGAAAACGAUGGCCCUACGGCAGAUGUUACAGAGCUGGGCGAGAGUGUUGCAGGUGUGCUGCAGUGUGAAUACUGCGGGAGCAGAGGUUAUGCUGAGACGUUUCUGCGCUCCAAGCGAUUCUGCUCCAUGACGUGUGUCAGAAGGUUCAGUGUGAGCUGCACCAAGCGUAUCACCCUGCUGAGAGCAGGCCGCUGGGGUCACAGGCCAAUGGGCCGGAGAGGACGACCCCCCAGCAGAGUCAACGGAGCCUCCAGAGAACAUUUCCUGAGACAGGCUCACGGGUCAUGUGGCUCAGAGGAGACCCAGCAGUGCUCACUGAGAGAGGAGGAGGAGGAGGCGCAGGAGGAGGAGGAGGAGGAGGAAGAAGAGGAGGAGGAGGAGGAGGAGGAAGAUGAGCCUCCUGUUCCCAUGAAGACCAGGCUCAGGAAGCAGGCUGAGAGGGAGCGAGAGAGGGCGAGAGAGCAGGAGAGAGAGCAGAGAAUGCCAGAAACAAUCAGUGUUUCCGACGGAGAGGAAGACGUCGGCUGUCCAUCGCAGUGGAACGUGGAACAAGUGUUUUCUUAUAUCAACUCUCUGCCAGGAGGUCAGGAUGUCGCUGAAGAAUUUCGCUCCCAGGAAAUAGACGGACAGGCUCUGCUGCUUCUCACUGAGGAUCACCUGGUCAGCACCAUGAACCUUAAACUGGGACCUGCACUGAAACUCUGUGCCCACAUAAACUCUCUGAAAGAUGCAUAAGCAAUUAACAUUCCUACUCUCCGACUCCAAGAAAGAGUUUUGUGCUGCUCUGGACCGGGAUGAAGAAAAACAGAACAAUGGUCUUUUCUCUUUCUCUCCAAUUCUGCAGAGACAACAGGGAAGCACCACUCGUCCGUCUGACUUGUCCGCAUGGUCGGUCAGCGCGGAUCAUGUUGGACCGAAAUCAUGAACGCACAGACUGCAGUUUUCCUGAGACCACUGCCAAGGAUUUCACUGCUGCCACCUCCAGCUGUUCCAGCUGUGGUUUCAGAUUGAAGUCCGCUCAUUCUCACGGCUGAUUUUAACACACAGAAGAAUAGUUCUUUCUAUGACCUCUGGUUAUUCCAUUGUAGUGAUUGUAGCUCCAGUUAUCCAUUUGUUUCAAAAUGGUUUUAAAAGUUCUUUGUAUCAUUUGUAAACAAAGAGAACAACUUAACAUUUACAUUAUUACACAUACAGGAUGCUGUACAAUUACAAAGUUUACAGAUUAUUGCCUAUUAUCUUGGGGAAGGAGUUUGAUACAUUUAUCAUCAGCAAACAGUUGUGAUGAAUUCUGAAAGAUAACUGAUAACAAGCUUAUUUAUUGUUAUUUAAUAUUGUAUUAUUGCCAUAAUUAAUAUACAAAUAAAACCACUUAAA